AAUAUGAGUAAAAUUAAUCAAGAUCAACAAAUUGAAAAUGAACACCAAAGAGAACCACUUAUUCAAAAGUCACUGGAAAACUUAGACUUUCCAUAUGCUGAUGAUGAAACCGCCGAUAGUGUGUCUAAAACGUCAACACAUAAUGGACGUAAGGCCUCUUUAAGCGAAAGAAGAAAUGUUGAUCUUUCGAUUUUGAUAAACAUAGAUGAAGAUGAGAAAAAAAAUGGAAGUCGGGAAAGCAUACACAAUUCUGCAGAGAACAUAAGAUUACUGGAUGGCGCACACGAGCAGGAUUCAAGCAUAAGUAGUUAUUGCAGUGGUUGUAUAACACCUGAAGUCAUCAUUAAUACAAAUAAUAUUGGAAGGAAUCUGCGCAGAAACUCAAUUUCAAUGCCAUCGGGUAUAAAUGCGCUGGAAAUCGAAGCAAUACGUUUGAAAUGUCAAAUGCAAGAACAAGAACCAUUAACGGAAGAAGAGAAAACCGAUAGCCGUUCUGAAAGUGCUCACGAUGAUGCCUCAGGAUCAAACACACCGAGUAUAGUCGAGAAAAAAGUUAUCAAAAUUCAGUGUGAAGAUGAUGAUAGUGAAGAUGAGUAUGGAAAUCCAAAAAAGCCAAUAUAUAGAGAUCGAUUUAGAAGUAGACGCAGAGCAUCGAUAGCCCCUCUCCCUGCUUUACGUUUGAAUAGUAAAGAAAUGUUAGCCAGUGAUUUUGAUACACACAGCGUCGCCAGUAACCAGGCUUCCAUAACAAGCAUUAAUUCUCUUGCGAGUUUAUUAAGAGACAAAAUGCAGGCUUUCCCGCACAUUAUACGAAAGAAAAAACGAGAGACCAAGGAUUAUAAAAUAAAAAUCUUUGUCAUUGUGAUGUUUUGCAUUAUAGUGUCUCUCAUCGGCUAUGCUUAUGUGGGGUACCAUGAACAUAUUCUUACGAAGUCACAUUUUGAUAAAAUUAAAUUCAGUUCAAAAGAUCGCAGUUUCCACAUAAUGAAUUACGAUUACAAGGUGGUUAUAUCAGGCAAAUUGGGCACAACACUUGGCAGUGAAACCCGGCCGUAUAGUUGUCUUGAAGAUCAUCGCAAAUAUGAUGGGAGUGUGUGCUUAGAAUGGAGUGGACAUUCCAGGCUAUAUAUGAGCUUUCAAGACAAAGGAGUGUUUCGUUGUUAUAAUUUACGUUGGCAAGCGUUGGCGUCGGGAGUAUUUCCAACUGAUUGUUAUGAAUUAAAUCGUGAUAAUGGUCUAUGGUUUGGGGGUGGAAUAACGAAAGGCAUGGAUUGGUCAUUAAGCAAUGCGAAUUUUAAAUUCUCUCCUUUUACGACUGGAGAUGCAAAAGUGCAUCAAUUUGGCAAUGCCAUAAAGCGAUACUUUAUUAAUUCUGCCGGUGUGGCUAUACAGGUGAAUGAAAAAACACCGCUGUAUAUAAGUGUUAACCAAACAGAAAAUAAGUUUUGCCUCCGUGCAAUGAACGACAAUUUCACUUUUAUUAAUCAUUUAACUGAACUUCCUGAAUUGGAAUACAAAAUUUGCACAACAGAAGAUAUGCGCAGUUUGCAUAUGCUAAUGACCCAACAAAGUCUUUGGGAUGGCUUGAAGGAAGAUGACAUUAAAGCGUUACACUCGCUCAUUGAAGAACCCAUCUGGAAAAUACCAUAUCAAAGCGGAAUGGACUCAAUUAACGAAACAUCAAUUUAUAACUAUUCGGAACAAGUAAUUGAUAUGGGUUUUAUGCGCUUGGGACAUAUUUUAGUGAAUGAAUUUUGGCAGAAUAAUAUUGGUGAUCUCACCGUUGACUCAACACGCUUUCCUACACUUAAAAACACAAUAGAUGUACUACAUAGAAGAGGUUUCAAAGUCGUUUUUACUGUACAACCAUUUAUCAGUACAGAUAGUGAAAACUUUAAAGAAGCAGUAAAAAACAAGUUACUUAUUUAUGAACGACAUUCAGAACGAAGUAUACCAGCUUUAACACGAUAUAAGAGUACAACGAGUGCAGGUGUAUUAGAUAUAACAAAUAAUGCUUCAAUUCCUUGGCUCAAAAAUAAACUGCAGCAUAUGAAAGAAGUAUAUAAAGUGGAUAGUUUCUACUUAGAUUUAGGUACUGGAUACAAUUUGCCGCACUAUUACCAGUGCAGAAAGACAUUAGAUAAUCCAGAUGUGUAUGCUAAAUUAUUUACCAACAGUUUGGAAGGCAUUGGUGUGAUGGGAGUUUCUACAGCAAGUGUUGUACCUAAACCUCCUACUUUUCUCAGCACCACACCAGUAAACUCUUCUUGGAGUGGUCUACGGGAAUUACUGACAAUGGUUUUAAAUUAUGGUGUUAAUGGAUAUCCUUUUAUAUUACCAGGAGUAAUAGGAGGAGACUACGAACUAACACAUACUGUUACUAAAAUGAUCUCCUUUUAUUCACUUGGUCAACCAAAUGUACCUGAACAGGAAUUAUUUAUACGUUGGUUCCAAUUAAUGACUUUUUUACCUUCAAUGCAAUUUAGUCACUUACCAUCUGAGUACAAGAGUGAUUAUAUUAUUGAUAUAGCCAAAGAAUUGACAUCAAUCCGACAGAAAAUUGUAAUUCCUCUGCUGAAGAAGUACCUCAGCGAAUCAAUGAAUGAGGGACUACCACUUGUCAGACCGUUAUGGAUGCUGGAUCCACAUGAUCCAGCUUGUUUAAUGGUAAAUGACGAAUUUUCUGUAGGUGAUGAAUUGAUCGUAGCACCAAUUUUAGAAAAAGCGGCAGAAGAGCGUGAAGUUUAUUUGCCGCAAGGCGUAUGGAAGGAUGGCAUUGAUGGGUCUUUGCGUAAAGGUAGUCGUUGGAUGCAUGACUACAAAGUUCCAAAAGAAAAAAUAGCUUAUUUCAUAAAAUUACCCGAUAAUACAAGAUUUUAGUAUGUGAUAGUACAUAAGACGAAACUAAUUGCUGACACUAAAAGAGCUGCAAAAAAAUUUAUCUCAUUUUUAUUCGUUUAUAUAAUAAUAAUUUAUGCUUUAUUACAAAAUUAUCCUUAAUUAGCUGACUUGUAAAAAAUGCCUAUGUUAUGAGUAUAAAUUAAGUACAGUACUAGAAAUAUUUUCUAGUCACACUCAAUACUAGAAACUAAUUUAUAUUAAUAAAUUGAUAAG